AUGAAGAGUCUUCUUCCGACAGAUAUCGACAACUGGCCUAGCAUGGUGGGUACUAAAAAAAUUCAUUAUAUCGCAAGGUAGUCUUGAGGUAAACUCAAUAAUUAAUUCUGCCAUAAUUGUGGUAACUUACCCACUAGCUCGAACCGUAGUAGGGAAUAUUGGUCCUCAGUCGUUUUUGCACGAAUCUCGAGCGGUCAGUUUGUACUGUCGGGACAUCGGACGAAUACACCCAAGUAUAGCCCUCAUACUCGUUUAAUAAGGGGUUAGGAGUUUAUAUUCGCAGGCAUAAAUAUGUUUUGGGCCCGACUCAGACCUAGAGUCACUGUAGCUUGAGUUUGGCGAGGGUUGAAAUGAGCUCACUACUCUUAUGGUUCCACGACUUUUGUUUUGAGAGACCAUAUUUUUAUCAACCAAUCACGUUUAUCAAAAAAUAGCCUGUGAAUUUUAACUGAUCAACAGAAUAACAGCCAGAAGGCACAAAAGUGUUUGACAUCGUUGAAGAACUUUAUGGCACCACUCGAGGUUGUCAUGGAAAGCCUUAAACGGCCACACUUUAACUGCAAGUCAUCGGGAAACACGUUGAACAAGACAGUCCAUGGAUUACAUCAACUCCUGGAGACAGCUAUUAAGGACAUUUACAUAUAUGUAAGUUUGGUUAAAGUUAUUCUUGUGUAUUUUCUGUAAAUACACAUGAGUACGUUUACUUCAGAACCUUUUUUCAUAUGCAAAACUGAAAAUGUUUAAGUACGACACUUUUGACGCGAAAAGUGGCGGAGACUUUUGAGUCAUGCUUCGCUUACACAUUUUACAGUGGCUUUUAUGGGAUUAUAAACACUAAAUUUAUUAGAUUUCACGACUAGGUCAUACUGGGAAAAGAUAGAUCCGCUACUUCGCUCUGGUUAAUACUCUUAACAAGUCUGAGGAGUCCAUCACAUUAAGUGUUUUAACUAAAACCGAUACACAUGUUCUGAAAAUGACUGUCAAGGUUUCUUUUCAAAAUCUGUCUUCAGGCCCGUCGUCAAAGUAUUUCCCUGAAACCAUUUAAACUGACAUCUGUGGACAUGACAAGAAUGACAGCACUAGCCAAGAGGCAACUGAAACAGUCGGUAAGAAUUUGAUACAGCGAUAUGAUUGGUGGAAUUAAACCAGCAUAAAGUUUCCUCAGCUCCUCUGACACUUAAACCCCUAACAGUGACUAGCAUCUAGUCAAACAUUAUGGUCACAAGAAUGAAGGAAAUCAUUACAAAUUAAAGCUGUGAAUUGUCAAACAAAUUCUCCAUAUCAGCACCUUAGGAAGUUCAAAAAGAACAGUGUGGAGAGCGUCAAUUCCAGAGUUAGGGAGGAAAGAGAUAAUCAUGAUCUGAAACUCUCUUUAAUCAAAAUUAAUGUGACUGGGGAUAUUUAAGUGUUUUCUGAAAAGUCAAACGCCUUCCUGCGGUAAACUGAAAUUUUCAGAGGGCGAAAGGAUGAGUGAAUAAUAAAAAGACAAAUAAAAAAAAAAAACUCCGAAGCUAUCAAAGCUUUUUUAAGUUGUUCGCAGAAAUUAACAAACAACAAUUAAUGGUUUAUCGACGAAUUAACCAAUUUUUUCUUUCGUUCAUUUCUUUCAGGGAUUGUCGGCAAGUCGAGCAGUGGUAGUUCGAAAUUAUGUCUUCUUGGAUUACCUAAACGAAGUUGUUUCCGACAUAAAACUCACUCCAAGAUCCUGCUUUAAUACCAAAGUUCAGCUUAGUCAGAUUUGCCCGGUAUGA